CACCGGCGUUACGCCAUCUUACGUCGACAGCGAAGGGAAAUUUUUUCAGACGACACGCAGGGCUAAGAUAAAAACCAAGAAGCGAUUGCUCCGGCUGAACUCUUCGAAGUUGCAGCAGCUUGUGUGAACACAUAAAGGAAGGAAGCAGAGCCGUGCACGUUUCCUCCGCAGUGUAUAGAGAAAUCUGCCACUUCCUCGGGUUGACCAUCGGCGUCGCUCAGACUGGAGCUCCAGAAGGCAAAAAAAGAGGAGGUCUGAGGGAGGGUCCAGCAAACGGGGAGGUUUAAAGAGGACCUAGAGAGAGGAGGAGGAGUCAUAGCAGAGGACAGAGGCACAGAGGAAAAGCAGAGGGGAGAGCUUUCAGCGAGAACAGAAGCAAAUCGAUUUGCUCAAAGACUGCAGCUUUGAAGAUGGAUUUAAGUUUCCUUCAUGUUCUGGAGAGAGAACGAGUCCUGGAGGUCCUUCAGCGAGACAAAAAUCUGCGGAUGAUUGAAGAGGAAAGGAUCAGAAAGAUGAAGUGCGAUCUGCAGGAGCUUCGGAGGAAGGGUGCAAAGAGCUACGCCCGGCAGUACGGAGAGAGGACCUGCGCCCGGUGCCAAAGGCCGCUGGGCAAAUUGUGGAACACGGGGGCCGUGUGCCGCGGCUGCAGCCAUCGCAUCUGCAACAGGUGCCGUGUGGGGGUCGCAGACUGGAAGUGCACAGUGUGCUACGCUUAUAGGGAGGUGAAGAUCAGAUCCGGGGAAUGGUUUUUGGAAGAGAGGGCGAAGAAAUUUGCUGCCACCACAGAUAAAUAUGAGACGAUUGGGGAGAAACUAUUAAAGUUCUACUGUGUGCAGAGACAUAUAGCCGUUGUGCCCCCAACCCCUCCGCCACACAUGGAAUAUGAAUUUCGAGGCAGAUUUAGGGAACUAAAGAAUUCGAAGGCCUUUACACAAUCUAUGGAGGACCUCAUGGUUUGCUUCAGGAGUCACAUUAAAAAAUUUUCCAAUUCUCAAAAUGAUGUACGCGGAGACCUGCUGACGGUGGACCCAAACGGCAAAGCGUCGUGUUUUCGCUACAGCACCCAGAAGAGCCUGUCGGACACGGACAUCAACAAAUCUUGCUCACUUACUAAACGCGAAAGUCUUCCAAACCUGUUCAAGAAAAGCAAGGACAGUGACCACGAGGGUUCAUCUACGGGUGCAGAGGAAGAAACCUCGUUCAGCUCGGAGCACUCUUUCGAUCACAGAAGCAGCAUCAGCAGCAUCAGCACCGAGUGUGGGAUAUUCGAGGGCAUCCUUGUGUCCGGGGAGAUGGAGCUCGCUGUGGCCUACAACAGCAGCAGCUCCUGUCUGGAGAUCACAGUCGGCGGCUGCAGAAAUCUGACUUAUGGAAACGGCAAGAAGAAGAAGAGUCACCCGUAUGUGAAGCUCUACGUGCUGCCAGACAAGAACAGCAAAAUGAAGACGUCGGUGAAGAAAAACACAACUGAACCUGUUUAUAAUGAGGUGUUUAAGUAUAACAUAGAGCGCCAUCUGCUGUUUGGAAAGAGACUGCAGGCUUCUGUGUGGCAUUCAGGGACUCUGACAAAGAAAGUGUUUCUGGGUGAGGUGCUCAUCCCUCUGGAUGCCUGGAGGCAGGAGAACAGCUCCUUCCAAGGCUUCUACUGGUACCCGCUGUGUCCAAAGGCUGAGACUCUAAAUGGUGUCACGGCAGAGAACAAUGGACACUGAAUCUCAAACAGCCAUGGUAUCUGACAAAAUGGGGGAGAUAAGGAGUUCAUCCAGAAGCGUCCAACUCUCUGAACUGGGAUCUGCUGGACCAAAGCGUUCAUCUGGGAGAGGCUUGAAUGUACUCUAACUGCAGAUGUGGGCUUUUAUUAGCAGUCUGUAGAAACACUUUAUGUAAAACUUCUCCUAUGAAGCAUUGCUAAGUACUGAACAAACAACAAUACCUUGUUAUGGAGUUCCAGCUUUUUAAAGUCAGUCAGAUGUCCAUCCAAUCCAUCCAUUAGCAAUGUGUUGUUUAGAGUUUGCAGGUCCUUUUGCAAGCAGUCACAGCUAUCUAUUCCAGACCGUGCGUCUUUGAGACUAAGAGAGGCCGACAUAAAAUGCAACUGAAACAAUUUUGAGACAAACUUAACUAAUUAGUGUUUAGUCAAUGCAUAUUUAACAAAAGAAAUAAUAGAUUUUCACUCUCCAUUUUGCUUUUGACAUCUCAUUUUAGUUCUGAUGCAGUCUUUCCAAACCCCUGAUCUGCAAAAUAUAAUAGGAUGCUUAUUGAAGAACCUUUGCAGACUUUAGGUGUUAUUUUCUGGCUAAAUGUGGUGCCGUUCUGUGUUCAGAUCUUUUUUCUUAGCUCCAAACCAAAACAAUCGAUAAUUUCACUGCAAAAACGCAACUAAAAUUUUGUAAAAUUUUCUUGAAAUUUGUGUAUUUGCCCUUGAUUCGAGCAGAUAAAUAAGACGAUCUGCCAAUGGAAUGAGAU